AUGGUCAUACAGGCAGGUCGACACUGGUCGGACCAUUUCAACUUCUUCAGAAUCCACCUUGUUGUCUUUAUCACUCUACCGCUCAUUCUCAGCGGUAUAUUUUAUGCGAUCAAUGUCGAACCGAAUAUCGCCUUCAUCGACUGCCUGUACAUGUGCUAUGCCGCCAUGACUAUGACUGGACUGCAGUCUGUCCUCUUCGCCAACAUGACGCGAGCACAACAAGGGAUUCUCUUCAUACAGCUCGUCCUGGGCUCCAUCGUGACAGUCUCGAUAGUGACCAUCGUCGUCAGACUUCGCGCAUACCCCGCACAGUCUGCGAACACGGCGAGGUCAUCACGAAGCGGCUCGACCUCUCUCGAGCUGGCGCGGCGAAAGCAAGAUGGCAAGCACGUCAGAUUACAUACAGGUCUCAUCAGGCGCACUGCUGAUGAGGUGCGAGUCAACGCGCUUUCCAACGCGGGCAACGAAGCCACGCCGAUGGAGUCUCGCUCUCUUCAAUGUCAUGAGCGCAUCCCGUCAGGACCCACGCAACUCACGUUUGAUGAGACGACGCGCUCGCCUGUCCUCCGUCAUCGUCGGUCUGAUAGCACCACACAUCGGCCGUCAAUCUACAGAGGAUUGGGUGGGUUCGAGAACCCAGCUCACUCGCUCUAUCGGGUCUUGACCGGCCAGGUAAGCAAUGCACACGCCAUUGGCCGAACGACGACUCAAAUCUCGACCCACUCGCAUCGUCAUCAUCUCGCUCUAGCUGGGACGAAGCCUAUCUCGUAUCUCAGCUUUGAUGCUACAAUAGGUCGAAACAGCAGAUACCUCGAUCUCGCGCCCGAAGAGCUGGCAGAACUCGUGGAGCUCGAACAGCGCGCUCUCAGGUUGUUGCUCAUCAUAACGACAAGCUAUUAUUUCGGGCUACAGCUACUCUUCGUCGCCGUACUCGCGCCGUACUUCGCAGUCGGGAACUAUAGUGAGAACUUCACGCAAGCCGAGGGUACAAGCAGCUCGAUCUGGUUCGUCAUCUUCAAUACCUGGUCCGCCUUUGGCAACAAUGGCUUGAGUUUGCUGGAUGCCAACUUCACAGCUUUCCAGAGCUGCUACCUGCUCAUCCUUUCGACUUCGUUUCUGAUCCUGGCUGGCAACACAUGCUUUCCUGUCUUCUUACGUGGCAUCAUCUGGUCUUUGUCCAAAUUUGUCCCGUCCGAGCACACGCGUGGAGCGCUCCACUUUCUGCUGGAUCACCCGAGACGCUGCUAUCUAUAUCUAUUCCCAGCAAAGCAGACCAUAUGGCUUGCCACUAUCGUAUUCGUCUUCACAGCCAUCGACUGGCUCUCCUUCCUCGUGCUCGAUAUCGGCAACGAUCUCAUUGACACGAUACCGCUCAACGUACGUGUCAUUGACGGCCUCUUUCAGUCGACCGCCGUGCGAACAGCGGGCUUCUCGAUUGUACCCUUGGCAACUACUGCGCCUGCCGUACAAGUCUUGUUUGCUACGAUGAUGUAUAUCAGCGCAUUCCCCCUGACGCUGUCCAUUCGCACGACCAAUGUGUACGACGAGCAGGGGCGGGCCUCUGAAGGUAGCGAGGAAGAUCGUCUGGCGCAUCAUGCAAGAAAACAGCUCGCCUUCGACAUCUGGUGGGUCGUCCUCGCGAUCUGGCUCAUCUGCAUCAUCGAAAGGCAUGGCAUCAAUGAUCCCAGUCAAACCUCUGUCGGGAUUUUCGCCAUCGUGUUUGAAGUCAUUUCCGCUUAUGGCACAGUCGGACUGAGUCUGGGCGCGCCGGGCGGGACAUCGCUUUCUGGCACCUUCCGUACGCUCUCCAAGCUCAUCAUCAUUGCCGUCAUGAUUCGAGGUCGACACAGAGGUCUGCCCAAUGCGCUCGAUCGGUCUAUCUUGCUGCCGGCCACCAUCGAAGCACUUCGACUCGAUCAAGAUCAGGACGAAAUGAAUGGAGAAUGCGAUGGCUCAAACGACUCCCGGCUACUUGACGACAGCAGAUCAGCUAGUCUGACGCGUCCGACCCCAUUGAGGCCAAAACGCUCAACACGUCUGCAUCUCACUGGGCACCUCAUCAUGCGCACACCCAGUCUGCUGCUGCUCGUCAGACGCACCAGCUCGACGUGUUCAAUCGACUGCGCACAUGCGAAGGCGCACCUCGAGUCUGACAGUGCAACGCUACGGACGGAUCACUGCAGAGAAGACUGCCUCGCGGGCGGUACAUCUGCGCUUAAAAGUCGACAUCGAUCGCGAAAGUCGCCUCAUGUGCCACCGGUGUGCGACUACUUCAACUGCAAACACUUCACAUCGCUCGCUUCAGAGGUUGUGUCACUCUCAACCAAGCGAGCGAGAGCUGAGACCGACAGUAGCACUAUGCAGCAAAGGCCGCGCGCAUGGGCAUCAGCCGGCACGCCUUCAUCGCCAUUGACGGCGACCGCUACCGCCAUGCUCGCACAGCGUCAGGUCCAGGUUGACAUGCGAGAUUUUCCGCCAGAGAGGAUCCGGUCGUUCACAGUGAUUGCGCACAUUGAUCACGGCAAGUCGACGUUGAGCGAUCGCCUGCUCGAGCUCACAAAGACGAUCCCCGCCAUCGCUGGCUUCAGCAACUCACAAGUCCUCGACAAGCUCAAAGUCGAGCGAGAAAGAGGCAUCACCGUCAAGGCCCAGUCGGCGACGAUGAUCCAUAGACACACAGACGGUCACAGAUACCUUCUCCAGCUCAUAGACUCGCCCGGUCACGUUGAUUUUGCAUCGGAAGUCCAUCGUGGCCUGUCAGCGUCGCAAGGCGCUUUGCUCCUCGUUGACGCGACUCAAGGCAUACAAGCCCAGACACUCUCUGUCCUCGAAGCCGCUCAACAACGUGGUAUCAGCAUCCUCGGCGUGCUCAACAAGGUCGACUUAGGUCAUGCCGAGCCCGCGAAAGUCGAAGCGGAAAUGCGCACGCUGCUCGGCCAGUCGGAUGAAGAGAUAUACCAUGUCAGUGCUAAGACUGGUCUGGGAGUCAAAAACCUUCUGUCUGCUUGUGUAGACCAUCUGCCGCCCCCGCCGCGGCUAGAAGACAAUAUCACGCCAAAGGCGCUCGUUUUCGACAGCUGGUACGAUGGCUUCCGGGGCGUCGUCUCCUUGCUUGCCGUCAAGUCUGGCUCUUUUGCUGUCGGCGACAAGAUUGCAUCCUAUUAUACCAAGAAGACCUACACCGUCACCGACCUGGGCAUCAUGCAUCCAGACCAAGUCAGCCUCAAGCCUGGCCAGCGAUUGUCGACAGGGCAGAUAGGCUGGCUGACUUGCGCAAUGAAAGACCCUCUCGAUGCGCAAUUAGGAGACACCUUCUAUCUCGCUGGACAACCUGUCGAGCCUUUCGAACAGCACAGUCCGCUCAGAAGCAUGAUCUUUGGCGGAAUUUAUUCGCAAGAUUCGCGCGACUUUACACGGCUUGAAGAGUCCGUCAGGAGACUUGCCCUGACGGAUCGCUCUGUGCAAGUAUCGCGCGAGAGCUCACUUGCACUGGGUCAAGGCUUACGGCUCGGCUUCCUCGGUGCGCUGCACAUGGACGUAUUUCGCCAGCGCCUGGAAGACGAAUACGAUGCCGAUGUCAUCGUCACUAAACCUUUCACGACGGUCAAAGUCAUCUACAAGAAAGGCACAGAGGAGAUGAUCGACAGCCCCAAUGACUUUCCUGAAGUCAAGCUCAUGUCCUCAGGAGGCAUCAUCGACCAUAUCGAGGAGCCAAUCAUUAGGGCAACGAUCGUGACGCCAGACGAGUUCGUCGGACCUGUCAUGGUCCUCUGCACCAAUCAUCGCGCUCAGCAAGACUCGAUGACGUACCUUGACGCCUCUGCUUCGGCAACAGGCGAAGGACUCAGCGGUCGCCGAGUUGUCAUGACCUAUACUAUGCCGCUCUCUUCCAUUGUGACUACUUUCUACUCGAGCCUGAAAAGUAUCACGAGCGGAUAUGCCUCUUUCGACUAUGACGAUGCAGGCUGGCAGGCAUCUGAUCUCGUCAAGUUGACUGUCUUGAUCAACGCAACACCCGUCGACGCACUCGCGUUUGUCGUUCACCGAUCCGAAGUCGAGCGCGAGGGCCGAGACAUUGCUACUCGGCUGAGGACCGUCAUACCUCGGCAACAAUACGAGGUUGUCAUCCAGACAGCUGUAGGCUCAAAGAUUGUCGCUCGUGAGCGCAUUGCUCCCCUUCGCAAAGACGUGACUGGCCAUCUCUAUGGCGGUGAUAUCACUCGCAGGACAAAGCUCCUUGAUCAACAGAAGAAAGGAAAGAAACAGCUCAAGGCAAGGAGCGUUGGCAACGUCGUCUUGCCAAAUGAGGUCUUUUCACGCGUUCUGACAAAGUAG